GAGAAGGACGCUGCCUUUAAACUCCCAAAGAAGCAGACGAAGAAGGGCGUCCGCGCAGAUGCCUGCUCAGAACACAGCAGACGUAAACAAAUCUCUCGUAAAAUCACCGAUGACAGCAGCUGUCCUGUUCGGGUCUCUGCGGGUUCCUGUAAUACAUGCAUGGAUGAAGCCUGACGGAGGUGCGAUCAGCAUGACUUUCACGCUGAUCGGUGACCGAUUCUGCGCAGGCCCGGUUCAUCUUUAAGGAGCCUCCAGUUUAUUUUAGAGAACAAACACGGGCAUCAUGAAGGAAGCGGAUUGUGUUCAGCACCGAAACACAGACAGUCUGCAGACUGGAGUUCAGCAGCAGCAGGAUGAUGAUGCUUUAAACCAAAGCGCUGCAGAGAAAAAGUGAGGGAAGGAAAGUGAAACUGUCCAAGUAGAAAAGAAUGGCCGAGGGAGACUCGGUUGCAGACACCAAUGAUGAGCAUUCCUGUCACAGUUCCCUGAAGUCCUCCUUCUCUGUGGUGUCUCCUGCCGAAGUCCAGCAGCUGUUUGUAGUUAAAGAAGAAAUUCCUUGUGAAUGGUCUCCCAGGUUGGACCAGCAGGAUCGAGAGCUGUUCCACAUAAAGGAGGAAGAGGAAGAAAUCUGGACCAGUCAUGAGGGAGAGCCGCAUAAUGAGCUGGAGGAGGCUGAAAUCACAAGUGUCCUGUUCACUGCUGUUCCUGUGAAGAGUGAAGAUGAUGAAGAGAAACCUGACUCUUCAGAUCUUCAUCAGAGCCAAACUGGAAACAGCACAGAGCCAGAAUCUCCGACCAGCUGCUCAGCUGAAAAGAUAAAAGCUGAAGCUGGUGCACAGGACUGUGGAGGACCAGAAUCAGCCAACAGCACAGACUUAAAAAGUCAGUUACAACCAAAUACCGAUGAAAAAGCUUCAGACUCCUCUGAGACAGAAGUCAGUAAUGAUGAUGAUGAAGAUUGGCAGGAACCUUUGUCAGAUUAUGCACCUGAAACUGAAGACAGUGAUAACGGCUGGAAGGAGAGCAGUGCACUCGGGAGUGAAGUUUGUGGUGGAAAAUGUAGCCAGUCUGAAAAUCUAAAGGGACACAGGAGAGAUCAUACAGGACAGAAGGCAUUUUGUUGUGGCGUUUGUGGUAAAAGAUUCACCCGACAAGGGGAUCUAAAGAGACACCUGAGGGUCCACACGGGAGAGAAGCCAUUUGAUUGCAGUUUUUGUGGCAAAAGAUUUAAACAGCAGGGAGUUCUUAAGAGUCACAUGAGAAUUCACACUGGAGAAAAGCCGUUUGCUUGCGAUGUUUGCGGAAAAAGAUUUAUCCAUCAGUCAAAUCUCAAGUCACACACCAGAGUUCACACUGGAGAGAAACCAUUUAGUUGUAACAUUUGUGGUAAACACUUUACAGAACAGGGGAGUUUGAAGAGGCACAGAGGAAUCCACACAGGACAGAAGCCCUUUGGAUGUGGCAUCUGUGGGAAAACAUUUAGCCGGAAGACGCACUUUAAUAUACACAUGACCGUCCACACGGGAGAAAAACCAUUUGACUGUGGAUUUUGUGGUAAAAAGUUUAGCCAGAAGACACACUUUAAGAUCCACAUCAGAGUCCACACCGGAGAGAAGCCCUUCAGUUGCAGUGCCUGUGGAAAAAAAUUUAGACUUCAGUACAACCUUAAAAGACACAUGAGAGUCCACUCGGGAGAAAAACCAUUCGGCUGUGACAUUUGUGGUGAAAGAUUUACAGAGCAGGGGAGUCUUAAACGGCACAGCGGAGUUCACACAGGAGAGAAACCAUUUUGCUGUGACGACUGCGGUAAAACAUUCAGUCGAAAUACGCAUCUUAAGAGACACAUGCGGGUCCACACGGGAGAGAGACCUUUUGGUUGUGACGUUUGCGGUGAAAAGUUUACCGAGCAGGGGGUUCUGAAGAGCCACAUGAGAGUUCACACAGGAGAGAAGCCGUUCGGGUGUGACGUUUGUGGGAAGAGAUUUCGACAUCAGUAUACUCUUAAAAGACACAUGGGUGUUCACACAGGGGAGAAACCGUUCUCCUGUGGUGUUUGUGGCGAAAGAUUUACGAGACAGGGGAAUCUAAAGAGACACAUGCGAAUCCACACAUAAUAAUUUGCACUUCCAUGCUUGUAAAAUCAGCAGCUGUAUCAGUAAGAAGUACGUGAUUUCAUUGUAUUUGUAAACUUUUUUAUGUCUGUACUUUAAAGUUUAUAAUAAAAAAAGAACUUACCCAGGAUGGUGGGUAUUUA